GCUGUUAUACUGCUGGGAAGAAAUAUUCCCUCAAUCCUGAGGAUGACUAAAGGAGUGGAUCCAAAGAUAAGCAGAAGGCUUUGCGUUAAACCCCAGGAAGAAAGUCAGCUUCAGGCAAAAAGUCGGACUCCUUUGAGGGUGCCUGGACACAAGCCUACAGACUGGGAGAAAAGAUUUUUGUUGUGGGCAGGCAAUUUCAAAAAACCAGAGGAUAUACCAGAGACUGUCUCGAUUGAAACAAUCCGAGCAGCAAAGACCACGCUGCGUGUGAAGUUCAGCUACGUGAUGAUUGCCUUGACAGUCCUGGGAUGCAUCAUCAUGGUGGUUCAAGGGAAGCAGGCUGUAAAAAGGCACGAAACUCUUACGAGCAUCAACUUGGAGAAGAAAGCUCAGUGGAGAGAGGAAGCUACUCAGAGUACAUCUGCUAAAUCUUAGAGAAGGAAACGGAGAGACCAAGGACGGGAGAAGAAAAGCUGAUGUCCUUCUCAGC